AUCUCCUCCAUGAAUGCGCAGGGACUUUUAGGGGCGUGAGUGUGCAAGCGGGUGCCAUUCCUCGCCGGUGAAAUCGCGAUCGCGCCUCCUCCUCUUUUUCUUGUAUUUUUCCUUGUCUUUAUUUCAGGUCUUUCUCUUUCCGUUUCUUUGUUGUGACGUAGAAGCCAUGGCGGAGCAGCUCACCGACGACCAGAUCGCUGAGUUCAAGGAGGCCUUCAGUUUGUUUGACAAGGAUGGCGAUGGUUGUAUCACGACCAAGGAGCUUGGAACUGUGAUGCGUUCUUUGGGUCAGAAUCCUACAGAAGCUGAGCUGCAAGACAUGAUCAACGAAGUUGAUGCUGAUGGAAAUGGGACAAUUGACUUCCCCGAGUUUCUUAACUUGAUGGCCCGGAAAAUGAAGGAUACAGAUUCAGAGGAAGAGUUGAAGGAGGCAUUCAGAGUGUUUGACAAGGACCAGAAUGGCUUCAUAUCUGCUGCUGAGCUUCGCCAUGUGAUGACCAACCUCGGAGAAAAGCUCACAGAUGAGGAAGUUGACGAGAUGAUUCGUGAGGCUGAUGUAGAUGGCGAUGGUCAGAUCAACUAUGAUGAGUUUGUUAAAAUCAUGAUGGCCAAGUGAGUUCUAUCACAAAGUAGGAAGCGGUGAUCUUAUUAAAUGUCACUUAAUUCCGAGAAACUAAGGAUGGAUCUAUUCUGCUGCUCUCUUGUUUGAUGUUUUGCUUGGUUGUAUCAUUUCAGAGAUGUUUAUUAUCUAAUCCUCGUGUCCUGUUCUAACGUGUUCAAGUUUUUGGACAUCGAAGAAUCUUGUUCUUAGACUUUUUGUAAUUCAUUGAAACCUCUAAUGUAGUUUUAUGUGCUUUCCCUAA